AGAAGAUCGCGUUGGAUAGUGCAACGCAGUUUAAUUUGGAUAUUUGAUCGUGAGACUGAGUGUAGUUCGUUUGGAACUCGAGUUAUUCUUGAAGUAAUACAUUUUAGGAAAGAUGUCGCUGGUUCCAAUGAUGUUCCGUGACUGGUGGGACGAUUUCGAUUCGCCGUUGCGGUCUUCGCGCCUGUUGGAUCAACAUUUUGGCACAGGAUUGCGAGCCGAUGAUUUAUUCUCAUCGCUUUCCACUCGCACACCCACUUCACCGUUGUUGAGAUCUGGCUACUAUCGUCCUUGGCGCAAUACAGCUUUGACCCGACAGGACUCCGGUUCAACUCUAAACCUGGACAAGGACAAAUUUCAGAUAAUUUUGGACGUCCAACAGUUCACACCGGAAGAAAUCACAGUCAAAACCACCGACAAAUACGUUGUCGUUGAAGGCAAACACGAGGAAAAGCAGGACGAGCAUGGAUUCGUUUCUCGUCAUUUCACCCGUCGCUAUAUGUUGCCAAGCGGUCACGACCCAAAUGACAUCGUUUCAACGCUCUCAUCAGAUGGAGUGCUGACCGUUACAGCACCGAAGAAAUCGCUUCCAGCUCCAAACCCGGAACGAAGUGUGCCCAUUCAACAGACUGGACAACCUGCAAAGGAACAGCCUCAGCAGGAAUCCGAGGUUAAAAUUGAACAAGCCAAGUGAAAUGAUGUCGCGACUGCUGUGGGUUUCACGAAAUUGAGAAUGUUUAAUUAAGCGAAAGAUUUGGAGUUUUACUAUAUUCAUAACGGAAGUAUUAGAAACUUUUUGAUUUAUCUCUAGAUGCAUUUCAAUACAUGUAUUCGGCUUUUUAUUACUA